AUGGCUGCCAUGAAGGACGCGCUCAAAGAUUAUCAGUUUGUCGUCUUUAUGGACGCAGAUGCCAUUUUUACCUACUCGCAUCUUCCGAUUGAAUGGCUCCUCAACCACUGGGAAAUCAGUGACAAAACCCUUAUUGCGCUGGCGGAGGACCCUAGCCGGAAUGUCCAUCUCGACGAAGACGGACAAAUUGAGCUGAAUACGGGGUUUAUGAUCGCUCAGUCGAGCAGCCGCACCUUGGAGAUGUUUGAGGCUUGGGAAUCCUGCCCCGACGGCACCCGGUAUAAGGACUGUUCUCGCUGGAAGAAGGAGUGGUCACACGAACAAGAUGCAUUCUCGGAUUAUAUCCGUCAUGACUUUAACCGACCUGAAGACAUCAAGGUCAUCACCUGCAAGGAGGGCAAUCGAUUCCCGGGUAAUGGACAGGAUGAGAGCUGCGAGGGAAGCUUCGUCGAGCACUACUGGCAGGCCAAGGAUAAAUUGCCUUGGGGCGUGCAGCAAUCGAUCUGGCAAUGGCUUGUUCCCCAGUUAGGCGAGUCAUUUCGUCAACACGAAAAUGCUUUAGGGAUGCCUAAAUUAGCUGGUUUGAACCAGACGGGCUCGGAGCAGACUGGCUCGAACAGCGAUGGCUCAGAUAGCUCUGGAUGGAACAAUACUGGGUUGAACCAGACGAAUGAUGCUGGUCCCUAG